AUGAAAGGAAAUACCUCUGUACAGAAAAUGGUCAAUUGGCAAGGCUCCAAUUUUCGUACGCGCAGCAUCUUUGCUUCUCCUUUAGGUGAUCGUGAGUCUCCAUGGCGACUCAAACAAUUCUUCCUCAUCAGCAAAGUACUUAGAAUUACACCAAAAAGUGCCCCUCGAAAUGAUACCCUGAGGCGAACGAUCCUGUUUGAAUGCCACCACAUACUCCUCUUCCCGGGGCUCAAACUCGUCUCCAACGUAAUGAUCUGCUCUCUUCACCACAAUGCCGAACUUUUUCAUUUCUUGCUUGUAAACCAAUUUGACAAUCUUGCUUUUCUUUACUCGGAAAUGGAUUGUGGUCUGGUAGUCUGUGUCGGCGGGAAUUAUGAAGUGAAUGUCAUCACUUCCUUUCACCGGCACUUCAUUGACAGUGCCAUCACCCAAUGUGACCACAAAUUUGAUGAUCUCUAG